CAAAAACAGUAAAUAUCUUGGCUACCGUUAGCUAGCUAGCAUAAACAGGACCACCAGUUCUCUAACUGUAUGUAACGUUAUGUGUGUAGCUAAACAUUUUUACAAAAGGAAACGACGAUAGAAAUUGAAUUCUUUCAAUUGUUUAAUUCUUUAAUGGAAAAAAAACCCCUCGGAUUGUGAUUUAGGAACAAACUGAACACGUGUUCAGACGUGAUGAGUGAUGAUUUCCGCCUGCAGUCCUUGUGAGGCUAACCGGUGGCCAUUGGUUUCAGUUGCAUGUUAGCAACAUUAGCUUUGUAUCUGUAGUGCAGACGUGAAGAAGACAGAAACCUUCAGGCAGCAAACAUGUCUGCUUUAGGUUGAUUAGAUUCAGACUAUGUGGACUGUCUGAAAUCUGAACCGUCUCCACACCCCACCUUUAAUAAGAACGGAAGGGACCAGGGAGGGGGGUUAUUUUUGGAGGUUGUGAAGCACAAUCGCGCCCUUCAGGCUAUAUUUACACUUUCCCCUUUGGUACACACAUGAGCCCUUCUACUAUUCUGAGAUUUACGGUAAGCAAUCCCAGCAGCCCCUUCUCCAUUUCCUUCCACAAUAAAGUAAAGAAAAAGCGCCGUGAAUAGCCCGAGGUCAAACAGUGCCGAGAAGGAGAAGUGUAACGCUCUGACACUCUUAGGAAAGGUGUUUGUGCUUGAUUUAUUCAUCACCAUAACAACAACAACAAUAGUAGUAAUAAUAAAGAUGGUGGAGACGAUGGUGAGCGACUCCCAUUUUCAGAACCAGUUAGCGUCCAUAAUGGAAAUGCUGGCCAAAACGGCCGUGCUGGAAAUCGGCAAACUGGUGGAGGAGAGUCAUGCGGUGUUUAGGAGAGAGCUUUCCCGCAGGAUCUCAGAAAACGAGGGUCUGAAGAAGAAGUGCUCUUUGUUAGAGAGCGAGCUGAAGGCGAGCAGGAGGAGCACACAGGACAGAGCCGAGGCGCACAGUGUGCCCAAUAAAGAAGCCGGACAUCGUCCCACCAUCGAAGGCGUGUUUGGGAAGGAGUGGUGUAUGGAUCUGUGGAGAGACAAGGAGUCCAGUGCACUACACAAGCAUCAGAGCCAUGUGGACCCGUGUAUGAUAGAGUCUAUUGAUCUGAUGGAAGAUGAUGGACCCGACAUGAUCAUCAUCAAAGACGAGACGUUUGACGACGGCCCGGGUAAAAGCAAGCCACAAGUCAACUCGAGGAGCAGUGAGAAAGACCCUGCGUUCUCGGGUGUGGAACGCGACGUGGCCCAGAGCAGCGAGGAGUUCCUCCCGUACGCCGCCGCGCUCGCCAACACGCCGCCGAGACGCGCGGCCGAGCAGACGUUUGACGUCAGAGCGGACCCGAGACCGUCUGCGCUCGAAGACGCCGCCACGUCGUCCAACGUGAGCUCGGAGGAGUUCGGCGGAUUCUUUCCCGCUAGCAUGCACCUGAACGCCCCGAAGAACUUAACGUCCGGUCCGGAGCAGAAGAAGUUUGAAUGCGUGUUCUGCGGGAAGAACUUCAACUACUUGAGCUAUUUAAAAGUGCACUUACGGACGCACUCCGGAGAGAAACCCUUCGGCUGCACGGUGUGCGGUAAGCGCUUCGCUCAGAAGACGUACCUCAAAAUCCACAUGCGCACUCACUCUGGAGAGAGACCCUACACGUGCAUGGAGUGCGCCAAGAGCUUUUCGCAGAAGAGUUCGCUAAAUAUACACCUGCGCAGCCACACCGGAGAGAAACCGUACAGCUGCGUGGACUGCGGGAAACGCUACGCGUAUAAACACGGCUUCAACAUCCAUCAGUGCAACGGCUAAACCAGUAGCGGGGUUAAAUCUAUAGCUAGGAUAUCCCAAUAUUCGACACGCACACUGUGCACUGUGCAGAUCAGCACACGACACUCAGCUACCAGUUUAGGAAAAGCAAGGUGCAGUCACCGACUGCUUACAUCUAUACCGACUGUUAUACGAGCCGGCACAACGGAAGCAAUAACAGGAGCUCACUUGUUUCACAGACGUUCCACAAUAUUAAAUCAUUUUUUAUUAAUGUUGGACAAACCCCCAUGUGGGAAAAGUUCGACGUUCCUUCCAGAAUUUCACGUCUCAACAUACAGUUGGUCUUCGUUAUGGUACCGUAAACAGUCUGGGGUGUUUUUAUUGAAAUUUUUUUUUUUUACGAACGCUUCGAAUGCGGUUAAUUAUCAGUCGUGCUGUACGUGCUAAUCGACGACGGCUUGAAGCCGCGGGCUGCGUCCCAAACCGCGUACUUACCGUCUAUAUAGUAGCCGAGAUACGUGUAUUUUUCCCCACCACAGGCCUAUAGUAGGCAAGUAUGCGGUUUGGGACGCAGCCGAACUCUGUUGUUCGCCGUAAAAUGUCGAGAACCGGCGUGUGUGAUCGCAUCCUGUCGCGAAAUGCGGUGAAAACUCUCACGCUCAUAAUGCGAUUACGGUGUGUAAUACAUGUCUGUAAUACACGUCCAUAAUGCGACUCAAGUACUCCACCUGUCUUAAUUCGAUUAGAACUUAAUUCGAGUACGACCUUAAUUAGAUUAAGGUAAGUGAAAAUUGCUGUUUACAUGGUAGUUCCUUCAUCAAAGUAUGGUCUUAAUCGGAUUAAGAGUGGAUCGUUGUCGCCCACGUAAACGCAGCUAGUAACUCCGUUAUAUCACACCAAACCCGGCACUGAUUAUUAUUACGUCAUCAUUAUCGGCGCUACGUCAUAUCGCCGGAGCUCGGCUCCGAAUCCCUCCUCGGUCGAUUUUACCACGGGGGCUGAAGCGGUGUAGGGUCACGAGCGGGCUCGUCAGUCCAACGUACCUGACCUGUAGUGUAGGUUUAUGUAUAAGCUACGUGAGCCUGAUAAACUGGUAGCUCAGUGUAAUAAAAUUUCAUGAAUUUAAAAAAAAAAAAAAAAAAACGUGGGAAAAAAUAAGUCUUGUGCAUGCUGGUGAACUGUUUUCUUAGCAUAGAAUAAAUUAUUCUUGUAUUAUGAUUUUUAACCACAAACACCACACGAGAAUAAAAUGUUCCACUGAGGACUAAAUGUUCAGAAGGUGAAGAUAAUAAUAAUAAUAAUAAUUAUUAUUAUUAUUAGUAUUAUUUCUGUUCCUCUUGUUACACUUGAUGUGUUGUUUAGUGAGUGACUGAAGUUUCCGAUUUUAAGCAUUUUGUACAGACUCUUAAAUAUUUAUUAACCUCGGUUUCGGCUUUCUACUAAUAUUUCUUUCUUGGCUGAUUAAUAAAUCACGCUUAGAAAGUUCUCAAGGUUUUUCUUUUUGUGUGUGUGUGUGUGUGUUUUGGGUUCUGGAACCGUGCCAACAGUGUUUAACAUAAUGGCUUCAGUGUUCAUCGUUCAAGAUCUGAGCGACUUUAUUUGUGAGGCUAUGACUCACUCAGUCGAUUUUUAAAAUGACUAAAAAUGGGACAAAGUGAAAAACAGGAUAAAAAAUAUCCUGUUUAUUACUUCUGAUUUUUUUUUUUUUUUUACAUAGAAGUACUGUUUUAAAAAAAAAAUGUAUUUACAUUUUUUAGUCGCUCGUUUUUAAAUAAUUUGUUCUAUUUAUUUCCUUGUUGUUUUUUUUUUUUAUUCUGAUUUUUCAAUUCAUUUUUUGUAUAAAAUAAAUAAAUAAAUAAAAAAAUUCUAAACAUU